UGCCGAGUCACCGCAGUGGCUGAGCUGCUGUCAGGAGGCGGCCGCGGAGGAGGAGGCGAGGCAGGACCUGCGGCUCUGCUGGGCCACCGCGGCAAGCAGCGCUAGGCAACCCCACCGAGCUCCGCCGGCCCGGCCCGCCCGCGAGCCCUUCUCGCCUUGUGCGUCCUUUCACCCGCCUGUCCGCCCGACUUGUCCGGGGCGGCCUAGUCUGCACCACCUGCCGGGCUUCUGGGGCCGCCGCCCCGCGCGGUCCUGUCGGCGUCCCCGGCCGCGCCCGGCCCCUGGCCCGCUCGCCUGCCGGCACCAUGAUGGAGGAGAUCGACCGGUUCCAGGUGCCCACCGCGCACUCGGAGAUGCAGCCGCUGGACCCAGCCGCCGCCUCUAUCUCAGAUGGAGACUGUGAUGCCCGGGAGGGUGAGUCAGUAGCCAUGAAUUACAAACCAUCCCCGCUCCAAGUGAAGUUGGAGAAGCAGCGGGAGCUGGCCCGAAAGGGUUCCCUGAAGAAUGGCAGCAUGGGUAGCCCUGUCAACCAGCAGCCCAAGAAGAACAAUGUCAUGGCCCGGACGAGGCUGGUCGUCCCUAAUAAAGGCUACUCCUCGCUUGACCAGAGCCCAGAUGAGAAACCACUAGUGGCUCUCGACACAGACAGCGAUGAUGACUUUGACAUGUCCAGAUACUCCUCCUCUGGCUACUCCUCUGCUGAGCAGAUCAACCAAGAUUUGAACAUCCAGCUGCUGAAGGACGGCUACCGGUUAGACGAGAUCCCCGACGACGAGGACCUAGAUCUCAUCCCUCCCAAGUCCGUGAACCCCACCUGCAUGUGCUGCCAGGCCACGUCCUCCACCGCCUGCCACAUUCAGUAGCGGGCGGGGCCGCCGCGGCGCACGGGGCGGGGCCGACUUGGCCGGUUGGACGCAGGCGGAGGCGACCCCUCCCCAGCUCGUCCACCUGCCCCCAGCCCCUCGCCCCCUACAGCCGCCAACCUCGUAACAGUCAUUGCUUCCUCCUAUGGUAGGACGUGUACCUCUGUGUGUUCAUGGAGCCGGAGAAACCAAAACCGGGUCUCUUUCCACCCCGGGGGCUGAGGAAGGGUGGGCACUGUUCAGUUUCUUGGGGAGGACCACACCCAGGCAUCCUGCCACCCCUCCCCAAAGCUGCAGUCAAAGAGGCCAACUUCCCAGUUAAAGUAGCUGGGGAAAGGGAUCACAAAGCCCAGGGGCCCCAGCCAAUGAAGCCGUGACUCCCCCAGCCCCCAGCCUGGCAAAGAAGGAAGGGGGUUUGGAGGAGGAAAGGCCCAAGGUAGUGGGGCAGGUCUCAACACCUCAGGGCCCACUCCACAUGCCCCCUGCCAGCUCAUAUACCUGUUUGUGUUUUCCCCCCACCUCCAGAUGGGAAGCCUGGCAAAGCUGCCCAAAGGAAUAUUAUCCCUCCAUUAGAUCACUGCCUUCUUCCUCCAUUUGUCGCUCCCCUGCUUCCUUUAGUUCUGGGGGUUGGGGAGGACAAGAUGGGGCUUUAGAGAGAAGCUAGGGUUUAGGAUGGUAUGAGCUGUUCUCACUGGCUUCUAACCCAUGUAUGUGUCUCUCUGCCCCCAUCUCGCCACCCCCAAUGCUUCUGUUUAUUGGUUCCAGGCUGGAAGCAAGAGAUAAAGCUUGCCUCUAGUGCCCCAUAUUCCCACCUCACCCUAGCCCAAGGUCCAGGAGGUUGGCUUCUGGAAAGCUCUUCAAGAGCAAGCCUAAUAGAACACGGUGCACUGAAUGGCUGCAUGCAUGUGGUAGGGAGUGCUUGCAGACUGUGUGUGUGUGUGUGUGUGUGUGUGUGUGUGUGUGUGUGUGUGUGUGUGUGGCAUGUGUCUACAUCUCUGUGUUGGACCUGACUGUUCAGGCAUUUAUUCCUGAGGUCAACAUGUUGUCCAUGAUAGAGAUAGGCUAGAGAUAGGCUGUGGUCUGUUUACCGCAUAAGAGGCUGCUCAGCAGUGCAGUGGACUGAGGGCCCAGCAUGGCAGUCUCUUCCUGUGCUCUUCAGUAAUCCUUGGGCUUUUCCAGGCCUUCAGUUUCCCAACUGGAAAAUAAAGAACAACUGACUUUAUUCAUAAGGUCCAUUAUUCAUACCUGAAGGAAUUUCUUCAUAAGAACUUCUGCAGAGGGUUAUGAAGAGAUCUCUAUCUUUGAGCGCACCUAGGGGGCUCCUUGAGGUGUCUGCAUCUGUGCAGACAGGAGAAAUAUACAUGGACCUGUUGGAAAAGAGGCGUGUGUCUGUGAGUGUGUGUGUGAAGAUGUCUACUUCAGGGAGCUGCACUGUGUGACUGAGAGAAUAUGUAUAUAGCUUCUGCUAUUGUUGCUGGUCUGGGGACAGGAAAGCUGAGGAUGCAACUCAAGGAGGAGGUAAAUUCAGCUCUCCCCUGGCUAGACAGUAUAAACCUGCCCCUGUGUGACAAAAACUGAAAGUACAGAGAGCUCAGACAGCUAGGCCCAUGCCCCACCAGCCUCCUCCCACAGGGCCAAAGUCUGAACUUCCCCAGUCCUCCAUGCUGACACCUCAUACAUGCUGGUGUAUUCACUGUCACAGAUACCACUCAUACUGCUCUCUGAACCCAGUCCUAGGAGGUGGGGGCUGGAAGUGGGAGUUGUGAGAGGAAGGAGUGAGGCUUCUGACUUAGGAAGGGAAGCACCUCUCCCUACACCACACCCAGAAGCUUUCUCACUCCUAAGUGUUGGAGUAUAGCUUUCCACUCCCCACACCUCCAGACCUUCUUCACCUUUACCUCCUGUAGUGCAGAGAUCCUAAUUAAUGAGAAAUGCCAAAGGGAGGCAAGUCAGAGAAUACAUCUGCAAGGGCCCCAAGGCCCACCACGGCUCCCAUCUGAGUCCCUCUCUCCCACCCUGCAUAGCAUCCCCACCACCUAUCACCUGGGCUCCAGAGCUAGACCUCAUACUACCACCCCCACCCCCUGGGCUCCUUGACUCACCCUUUUGAACAUGGGUACCUCUUUUUAGACUGCUGUCUUUGCUGCUGACUUAUUAUGGGAUUCUGGCCCAUUAUUCAAUGUGUGUGGCCCUGAGAGCCAGGAAAACCUCCCUCCCUACAGGACAUACUAGUUCAUUAGCAAGCAAGGGCUUCAGACUGAGGCAGUACAUACACAGUGGGUAGAGAUAGGAAGCUGGCAGCCAGCAGCUUCUGUGCCCAAGGAGAGUGCAAGGUUCCCCCCUUCCCUGUCUAGGAGUUGAAAGGGAGGUGCCAAGGCCUUAGUGUGCCCCCUGCCCCCCUGCCCCUUGUAGAUACUGCCUUAACACUCCCCCCACCCUUGGCUGUGGCUGCCACCCAGCCAGGUUUCUCCGUGCUCACUAAUUUAUUUUAAGAAAGGUGUGUGGAAGACAUGAGCCGUGUAUAAUAUUUUUUUUUAACAUUUCCAUCGCAGUAUUGACCAUCAUCCUUGGUUGUGUAUCGUGUAACACAAAUAAUGAUAUUAAAAGCAUCAAACAAAC